CCAUAAGCCCUAAAUUUUAUUUCUGAUGGCUGCUCCUCCUGAGACCCCGAUAGUCGGGGAGCCGACGUUCGUGGCGAUCGUCGGGCAGCGGUUUCGCUGCGUGGAGACGGGGCACGAGAUGCCAGCGGCGGAGAAGGAGGGGUAUGGAUCUAGCAAGAAAUGCCGCGACGCUCUGUUUGAUCGCGCGCUCCAGGAGGGCCGGGCACCGCUUAAUUUCUUCCAGCAGAGCCCGGAAUACAGGGAUAAGAUGCUUUGCAAGCUCACUGGUGCUCUCGUCAACAAGAACGAGAAGGCGGUCUGGAAGCACGUCCUUGGCAAGAGUUUUAACAAACAACUAUCUGCCCAGGAGGAGAAACAAAAUUCAAAGCCAUCGCAACCGGAUGUGGAUCACGAAAUGGAAGACGAGGGUGUUGACAAUGAAGACAUGGACUUUUGGAUUCCACCAGGGGUCGAUGGUAGUGACGCGGAGGUCGAUACUCCUGAUGCGGACGAACCGAAGAAGACGAAGGAAAAGACAAAGAAAUCGGUUGAUGGUGAUCAACUGAACCGGAUCAAGACGAAGAAGGAAGAGAAGCCUGUGAAAAAGGAGAAGUUGAAAAAAAAGAAGAAGCCUGGUUUUGCCGUUGAUGAGACCGAAGAUGCAAUGAAGGUGAACAAGGAGCAAAAGGCUGGGAAGCGGAAGACAAAGAAUCCGAAGGAUACAGAUGAGACUGCGACGGAAGAAAUGACGAAGAUGAACAACAAGGAAAAGAAAAGCCAGGCUGGGAAGCGGAAGGAAAAGAAACCGAGACAGAAAAGUGACGACUUGAACGACGAAGGUAAAUGUCUUGAUCCGUCAUGUUUCCAAUUUUUUGUAAAUGGAUCUUUUGUAUCAGCCGAUGAAGACGAAACACAAAUACGGAUGAAGCGUUUGGCAUUGGCUGUUGGACCGAGCAGUUUUGCGAGCCGGAAGAAGAAGAGAAAAACGGAGUCGUAACGUCUCAGUUUAAAGCCAGAAUGCUUGAGGCGUAGAAAACCAACGAGUAAAGGAUGUCCGCGAUUCCAGGUACGCGAAGCUGUAGAAAUCAAAAAGCUUCAAAUUUGGAUCGCAAGAAAAGUAGUACGGAUAGACAAGCUAGAGGAUAGAUAUUGUAGUAGUGGGAACAGGAUCACAGGAAUGAAGCUACUUUAAACUUGUUAAGUUUAUUCACAAGAUUUUCAAGGGGGUAGGGGACCGAGCAAUCUUACACGAACAGACCGAUAAUUUGACAACUUCCGGUGAGCUUUUGGCUCUUGAGUUGUUUAUGUGGACGGCUCGCAAGCCUUACAUCCUUUUCAAUCCCACUCAAGCAUUUGGGCCUCGUGGUUCUCAGCUAAGGCGGCGUAUCAAAGAAAAGUAGAGCUCUUCCUCAUCCAUAGCGGGCAGCAACUGGAGCUCUCACUUUCUCGACCGCGACUGGAUGGAUCUUUGCGACGGCCUGCCGCAACAAAGCGGCGCUCAUCAAUGCCCGAGAUUCCACUCUUCUUCCAGUCUUUGGGACCAGGCGAGACGACGAUCACUUUUAAUGCGCCAUGCCGGAACAGGAAAAAGGAAGCGCAAAAAAGAAAGAAAGAAAAAAAGGAGAAAAAAAAAUCUUGUCCAAGGUACUUGCUCAAUGUCUCCAUACUUUUCCUUUGUUUUCUUCAGUAGAGAAAAUCUUUGAAUCAAGUCUGGCGUCUUUGACUA